AUGCCUAUGAUAGGCAAAAAGAAAGAUAAGGAAGAGACAGAAGCUGAACAAAAUAAAGGUAAAAACAAAGAAACCAAAGGAUAUAAAAAGGUUAGUAGAUGCUGUAAUCUAAAUGUGAAAGAAAAAAUGAAAAUAAAAAAUGAACCUAAAG